AUGUGUACUCAUUUGAGUUCCGCUGCACAACACGCUCUUUUUAAGCCGUCAUCGCGCUCCGAUCAUCAUCAUCAUUCAGAGGUCACCAAACAUUAUCCUGUCCAAGUGGUCGAGAAGGUGCCAUUCCACAUACCCCAUCCAGUGCUCACAGAGGUGGAGAAUAAGCUGAACGUACAAAUACCCGAGCCUUAUGCAGUGCACAUGCCUGUAGAACAUGAGAUUGAAGUGCCUAUGUAUAAAAUCGUGACCGAUAUUAAAGAAAAACGUAUACCAUAUACAGUGGAUAAGCCGUAUCCCGUAGAAGUGGCACAUCACUAUCCGGUUGAAGUAGUUAAGGAAAUUAAAAUUCCUAUCCCCAAGCCAUAUCCGGUACCAUACACCAUCUACAAGCAUAUAUGGCAAAAGGAACAUUAG